AGAUAACCUCGAAAUCAACUUCCCGGGCUUCAACAUCACACCGCAAUUGGGCCCGCCAUGAUCCGGCAUCCGCUAAACUCGACAGUCGGCCGCACCAGGCCAGACCUGAACCGAGUCACCGACGGCAUCGCCGCCUCCCUGCGGCAAUUCUCCGUCUCCGCGCGCCGGAGCGCCGAAGACAACAACGAUGACGAUCACUCGCAGAGACCUUCCAGUCGCCAGCGCUCCAUAGCUGCUGUAAACGAGCUGAUUGCGACGGUGGAUAGUGGUAUUACUAGCGCGUCGAGGCCAACCCAGAAUAAUACAGCAGCGAAUGCUCCGCCUCCCGCCCGAAGCCAGGGCCCUAACAUUAUCACCUUGAAGAACAUACCCCGCGGCGGCUUCACCGGCAUAAGGAGGACUGCCGUGUCUAGUGGUCCGAAUAUUAUCCGAACCGAUAGCUUGCCAUCUCGUGGCGGCUUUAACAGCAUAGGGAGGACUGGCGCACCUACCGGCAUGCCACCUCGAUUCGGUGCAAAUAGUGGCCCGAAUAUCAUACGAGGCGGUUUCCGCGGUCGCGGAGGAGGCGGUAGUUUCCCGUCCCGCGGCGGGUCUCCACGAUUUGGGCCUCCACGACAGGGAGGGCCGGGUGGUGGUGGUAGUAGUGGUGGAAACCGACGUCCGGACGACCGACCACGCCGAGCACGAGGAUCCCGUCGACGAGGCGACGACGACGAGAGAGGCGGCAAGCGACGCGAAGGAGAGCAACAGCCGCGAGAAGAGAGCGAGAUAGACAAUCCCGCCAUCAGAGCAUACCUCGAAGGCAAAGAAGCCGGCAAGACCAUGGCCUUCAACCCCAGCCUCUCUCUAGCCUCGCUCGCGGGCUGGGGCCCCGCGGUAGCCACGUCCUCGACGCCCUUCGGCCAAGGCGAGACGGUCCUCCGACAAGCGCGCGUCCUAGGAGGCGGCCAGGCCUACCACCCGCAGCACCUGGAACAGCCGCUAUCGCUGCAUCUGGCGUGGCGGGACGGGAACGGCGCGUUCGUGCCGCCGUCGGACGAGGCGCGGCUGUGGAAGAAGCAGGUCCUUAAGGACAGGCCGUUCGAGGCCCCUGCCGAGGUUAAGACCGCGGUGCUGGAGGACGCGCUGCUGGGCAAGUAUGGCGAGGGGCCCAAGUAUGCGGAUCCCGAGGAUACGAUUGGUACUUUGCGGAGCUAUGUCCGGAGAGAUGGCACGUGGAAUGCGCAUGCGGAGAGGAGUAUCGAGGCCAAGGUUCGGAGUCUGCUGGGCCAGUCUGGUCAGCCGGCUACUAAGGCUAGUAGUAGUAGUGCUGCGAAGCCAGAGGCCAAGGCUUGAUUUAUCUGGCAGUCCCCUCUACGCUGUUCCGGUGGGAAUUGGGAUGGACGUGUGAUUCGGCGUCUUUAGAUUCGGGCUUUGAGCAUAAAAUGUACCGUUACCACGCAACGCAUGUAACAAUAACAGGUAGUCUAUAAUACAUCUGUGCUAUACGACUAUAUGCACACCUCUGCUGAUCAAGCCGGGCCAUAAUCCCCCUAUUUCCCCCUAUUUACUCCAGGUCAACAAUGACCAUGUACAUCGCAACCAUCGAGUAAUGUAAUGUACCGACCCCCUUAAACAGGCAGACUCUUAAGCGC